AUGGCUUGCGAACCUGCUCGAACCGCUCGUGGUACCUACUUACCUGACCUGUCCCUCUUCGCACAAACUCGGCCGAGCGGUCAUCAGCCACCCUCGCAGCCCGAGCCAUCUGCGCUGCUUCUCAUCACCAUCAUGCACGUCUGUACACAGCUACAGCUGCACGACGGCUCACUGUGUCGCAAAUUGUGUCCGAUGCGCUCAGGACGCUCAAUGGGGAAAGAAGCAAGCAACCGUGAUGUUGGAGAUCGGAAGUCGUACUGGUACCGUACCGGUACCGUAUCACGGAACACGGGCCUGUCCAGCAUCAGGUCACCAAGAAGCACUCAACAGCCAAUAAGCGGCUGGACUGCGCACACCACACGUCAAACACUGACCGAACCAGCAUCUGCAGUGCUGCUGACAACCAACACAGCGAACAUGGCGGUACCGGUACAGCUAGCCAUCGGGACUUCAGCCACAGAAUCUGGACUGCAACGGCCUUGCAAGCACCGUUGGGGAGGCGGUCGUCGAUGGACUGGAAACUUCAGGUUAUCCCAGGGUGUGGCCACGGCCUACCAGUAUGGCACUGCCUCACCUCACCCAUUGCUCGUUCAUACUCAGCAUUUGCGCGUCGAGUCUAGCCGACAGCCUUUGCUUACGGGUACCUACAGACGAUCGCCUGGUCAGAUACGGUGCGGGGCCAAGGCAUACACCAGCUCACGCCAGCGAGUCUCUCCAGGUAACGGCAUCAAGUCCCAUGGUGGUGGCCUCGUCAAGCAGUGUGGCUGUGAACGCCCAACGGUAGACAGUAAGGUACCGCUUUUGUAUUUCACCGAACUCCAAAGCUGCCAUUCGUCCAAUCCGGACCAGGAUGCCAAUUUGCAACUUCUCGCACGCAGACGCAGCGCCACAAUUUCUGCGACACUCGCAGAGCAGAGCUAUCCUGCUAAUAUCGUGCCCAGACACAAAAACUUCCUCACCCAGACAAAUGCGGGGCCCCUUGAAGCGAUCUGGCUCGGAGAUGAUCAUACUUUGGACAAAACAGUUCAUGAUGAUCAAGCCAUCAUAUUGUCUUUCAAUAUGCACAUGUACAUGAUUAGGGCGACCAUCACCUACAAAGGCUGCUCGACUGUGACUCUUGCAUUUGAUCACACUUUCCAGACUCCCAUAACCAUAUUCUGGCUAAGAACCGUCGUACGGCCGCAUGCGCGCUCUCGGCAGAAUCUAGCCAUGUACAUGAUCAGCAACCCUGGCAUCGGCCGUCUUUCUUCUCAUCCCCCACGCUGA